CAUCUAUACAUAUAUUUCCCCUUCCGCUCUUUUCCAUAAGCUUUUCAUAUAUCAACCACGGGAAGAAGAGCUAAUUUUCUCGAACGUAUGUCUUGUCUCUAUUGUUCGACUUCAUAGCCUAUCACGUGACUGUAUAAGAAGGAGAAUUUAGGGACCAACGCUGACGGUGAAGCAACUCAGACUGAUGAUACCCCAAGCCAACUUCGAAUAUAGAAUUUAUCGCUACUCUUAUGAACCUUUCCUAAACUGCAUCACAUGGACACUAAUCCACACCGUUUACUACACAUAGUUCUUCUUUAUAGCGUUGUCUUCUCUUCACCACUCAUUCGGCGAUAUAAUACUAGCAACACAUGGGGCUUGUUACUACAGAUAGGCUGGCUAUACAUCCCAGGAGACUGUCUUCAGGGCGAGGGACACGAGAUGGCUAGAUAUGAUUAUUCCCCAGAAUGGGAGGACGAGCUUGAGGGUAACAUCGACUUUGAUCUUUACGAUGGAAUGAAUGACGAAAUGCAGCGCAUCGUGGACAUGGUUGGCGAUAACGCCACUCUAGCUCAUGAUUUAAUAUCACAAGCGAUACAAAAUAAGAAAGACCAAGGCCUUAUACACAAUUCGACGUAUUCUCAUGGCAUAUUUCGCGAAUCUAUGCUCGCUUACCAGGCCCCUCGGAAAAUCAGCGUGGAUGAAGUGCGGAAGUAUGCAGAGCCGAUGGUUGCCCACAUCUGGAAUAACUUCUAUGAGCUCCAGCAUCUUGUCGAACGCUAUGAAGCGCAUAUUCAGGAGCGGUGGGAGGCGAAGUCCGAAGAAGAGAGACGAGAUGUAUUAAAUAGAGCUUGGGGUUUAUCGCCGCCGAUGGCCCCUGAGCACCGGCCUGACUUGACGCAUUUCAAACAUCAGUGCACUGGGCUUGUAUGCAACGAAAGCAAUAACACGAACGUAUCGAAACGACCCCAUUUCUUGUGGCCUAAUAUCAACCUGGAGGAUCUCUGCAAGACAGAGCCACUUAUAUUCUUGCUCAACGCCCGCGGCAGGAAUCCGCCGUCGACUUUCGCCUUCGCCGAGCUCGAACCACUCGUAUUUGGCAUCAGGUCCGGUUCUUUGCGCGUGCCUCCUUUCUUAGAUGGAUGGAACAUGCGAUUCUUGGGUAAGGAUAGUCCCGGUAGCUACGGAGAGCUGGUCUCUUGGGAAGAUGAUCCUGAUGCGCAUCACCGGCUACUUCGCUGUCGUGAUGUGAGCCCUGGUGAAGGACUCUGGAUCCUCGAAAUACAGGACCGCCUGUAUAAAUUCUUGCUUGAGACUUGCAAGGCUAUUCUCCACGACUUUGAAUUGCAAGACAAGCAGGGUCGGCCCGAGCCGAAGCCCCCUAUCUCUAUCGAUAAGUACAAAGGAGACAUCGCUACUUCUCGGUUAUUCUCUCGGUACAAGUCGAUCUAUCACGUACCCGAGGAAUUUGAUAUUAAACGACUUCAGAGCAUAGUUAGUGCCAAGUUAUCUCAAGCGGAAGAUACCUUGUGGGCACUACGAGAAGAUCCUGGGUUUUUCGCCCAUAGCCUCUUGGAACUGUAUUCGCAUCGUCCCGAGCAUAUGCUCGACGUCAACGGCAAUGUCUAUCCAUCCGUAGCGACCGAACAUGGCCGUGAGGAAGUACUGAUCUCCACUGUCCGCUCUAUGUUGAGUUACUACGUGCCCAUCGUCGAAACCUGGGGCUCCGUAUACGAACUGGUUAAUCGCCUCGCCUCUUUGAAAGAAGGGCUCUUUGAUAGAGUUAGGGCCGACGAAAGACCAGAAGAUGACCUACCUCUUGACCUAGAAGUAGCAUUCCGCUCGUUGCGACACCAUCUCGACCAUUUUCUCGAUGAACACCUCCCCGCAGUCAAUAGGUGGGCACGGUGGUCACCGCCCAUCCAGCCUCUCUACCGACCGAAUGUGCCAGAAACUCCCGACGCGAAGAUGACCGUCACAACUGGUAAUACGCCGCCGAACCCCCUAGAAGCGGUUUAUCUCUGGGUGCUGUACAUGAUGGCCGACCCCCACAACCUGAAAAAUAUUGGGAUCAACUCGUGCAUCCAAGAGAUAGAGCGUAUCGCCCACGAGCCGGAAGGUCGGAAGUUCUUUACUUCCUUUGUCGCAGAACAAUUUUCUGGCAUUUUCGUCAUGGCGGAGUGUGUACGUCAAAUAGGACUCUUCCAACCGUGGGCAGCCGCUUUCGAGACCCGGAUAGAGGAUAAGAAAGCGCGGAAGCAAAUAUCCGAAGAGUUCAAGCGUACUGCUGAGGUCUUAGGUCCCCUGUGUAAGCUCGAACUGCCCGGUAAUGCUGGAAAGCUCGGUGCUGAGCUGACGCGGAUGAAAUAUCCCGUCGACGAACCUCUUAAUAAGACUAACGUCGAGGCUAUGCAAGCCGCCGAGAAAACUCUGGAUAUCUUCUGGGACGAGGUAAUAGGCCAACUCCGGAAAGCUGGGCUCUGGAAUGGACGCGUGAGAAAUGUCCUCGGCAAGACUCCCAAGCGGACAGGUUCAUGGGGAGGGUCGUCUAAUACCACCCCAUCCGGCAAUACCGUAGGAAAUAUUCCCAAACGAAUACAACAAGUACUUGGCAGUCCGGCCGACGAUAUUGGCGGCCACACCCCGCUGAAUACACAAGAGCAAGAACAAAAGAACGAGCCGCCACCGUAUAAACCUGACGAGCGCGCACGAAAGACUUUCGCCGCGCUCUUCCACGAACCCUCCGCCGCCGGGCCCGGGUCUCCCAAGAUUCCGUGGAAGGACUUCCUCUACGCCAUGCACCGCGUCGGAUUUGAAAUCGAAGAACUCGGCGGGUCGAAUUGGCAUUUCAGCCCUGGGCACUUACUUCCAGACCAAGGCCACGAACACGCGCGGGCUAUACAGUUCCACGAGCCGGGCCCCGGGGCGGAUAUAACGUCUCUCGUGGCGAGGAUGUAUAGUAGGCGACUGGCUGGAACGUACGGGUGGCGUGCUGAGAGGUUUGCUGAGGCGAGCGGUGGGGAGUUGUAGUGUUAGGUGCCUACCUACAUAUACCUGAUGUUCGGAAAGGGUUAGGUUAGGUACCUAUUUACACAAGUUUGAAUUAUCAUGUUUCUAGAAUGUAGAAAAUUUAGUUAUUCUAUUUGGAAGUUGUCUCCUGUAAGAAUGCCACUCAUCGUAAAUAUUUGAAGAAUAACCAACUCCUUAUUAUCAAGCAUUAACCACCCCGAUCAGCAACCUGGCAGAUACCUGAUAUAGGGGAUAUCGCAAUGACCGCCAUGUGAGAGCUAUAUAGUAUGCGUUUAUCGUAGCGGUGCAUACCUACUAUCGAGUUAUAAUGUUUCUUGAAUCGACAAUUAUAAUUGAUAGGUAUAACUCAGGUAUUCUCGCAUGAGAAAUAUAUGAUGACACGUUACGUUGACUAAGGUAUUCGGAGUAAUUGCUACGAUGCUUGGCUCGUGAACGUUGUGAGUCG